CCAGCCUCUGUAGGUCAGUUCACGGGAAACCACUAUCAACAGGGCCUGAAUCACAAGACUUACGUGCCAAAAUGUUGCACAAAAUAAUAAAUUUGACAGUCAGGGAUGUGAGAUUCCCUACGUCUGUGGAGCAGCACGGCUCAGAUGCGAUGCACACCGACCCGGAUUAUUCAGCCGCGUAUGUGGUCCUCGAUACGGACCGUGGGCUGAGAGGCUUCGGCCUCACGUUCACUUUAGGAAAAGGCACCGAAAUUGUGGUGUGUGCUGUGGAGGCCCUGGCAGCACUGGUUGUUGGGAAAUCCUUGCAGGAGAUUGUGAGCGACUUCCGGGGGUUUUACCGCCUCCUGACCAGUGAUGGUCAGAUGCGAUGGCUGGGACCAGAGAAAGGAGUGACCCACCUGGCCACUGCUGCAGUGCUGAACGCAGUGUGGGACCUGUGGGCGAGGUCGGAGGGCAAGCCACUGUGGAAGCUGCUUGUUGACAUGGAUCCCGAGCAGAUUGUCUCCUGCAUUGACUUCAGAUACAUCACUGAUGUGCUUACAGAGAAGGAGGCUGUAGACAUACUUGUGAAAGCACAGGAGGGAAAGCAGCAGAGAGAGGAUCAGAUGCAGAAAGAGGGUUACCCUGCGUACACCACCUCCUGUGCUUGGCUUGGAUACCCAGACCAGCAGCUCAAACAGCUCUGCACAGAUGCACUUAAAAGCGGCUGGACCAAGUUUAAAGUGAAAGUUGGCGCCGAUCUAGAAGACGAUAUUCGCAGGUGCCGACUCAUCAGGCAGAUGAUUGGACCGAAUAACACACUGAUGAUCGAUGCCAACCAGAGAUGGGACGUGGCCGAGGCCAUCAGCUGGGUGUCCCGCCUCUCUGAGUUCAAACCUCUCUGGAUUGAGGAGCCCACAUCUCCAGAUGACAUCCUGGGUCACGCUGCCAUCUCCAAGGCUUUGGCUCCACUCGGGAUUGGUGUAGCAACAGGAGAGCAGUGUCAUAACAGGGUGAUGUUUAAGCAGUUCCUCCAGGCCUCUGCGCUGCAGUUUGUACAAAUAGACAGCUGUCGACUGGGCAGCGUCAAUGAAAACCUGGCUGUGCUGCUGAUGGCCCACAAGUUCCAGGUUCCUGUUUGUCCUCAUGCUGGAGGAGUCGGUCUCUGUGAGCUCGUCCAGCAUCUGAUCCUGUUUGACUAUAUCUGUGUGUCUGCGAGUCUCGACAGUCGGAUGUGUGAAUACGUGGACCACCUCCACAAACACUUCACCAGCCCUGUGGUGAUCCAAGACGCCCACUACAUGCCCCCAAAAGACCCAGGCUAUUCUUGUGAGAUGCUGGAGGCCUCAGUGCAGAAACACCAGUACCCUGAAGGAGACGUAUGGAAACUGCACAUGAACAAAUGAGUUUGAAGCCUCAUUUAGACAUAUAAUUAGACUGAUCCUAAGUUUAGUUAAGUGCAGUUACAUUAACAAACCUCAGGCAACUGUAAUUUUUUAAACUGCAUAAUUUCAAUUUUACACUUAAAGUGAACUGCUUAAUUGCUACUUGUUUCCUGAUGCAUGUCAAUGACAUUUCUGUGAAGCAAAAGCUGACAACAAAUCUAACAUCUUUAUUUACAGAAACAGAUUAAUUACAUUUAAAAUAAGCAAAAGAACACAUUUUCAAACAAGAUCAAUUCAGCUAUAGAAAACCCAAGUACAGAUUUGUUUUUAAAGGCUUAGUUCACCAAAAUGAAACAAAAAAUUUACCCACUCGCCUCUUUUUCCAGUAAAAUGUAUGUAUGAUCUUGUUAAUAAAAAUGAAAGUCAAGCAGACAUACUAUAAA